AUGGGCAUAGUGGUGUCCAGAGUGACUAACUGUCGUAUAGAACCAUCCAGAAAACGCAGCAACGCCUUGCAACCUAAAAACAACACCCCCUACAGGAAGGUCAAUGGUACUAUCAAAUCAUCCCAAUGUCACACACUGACUCCAGUGCAGAGACAGACCCAAGGUACAUGUGUGUGUGCAUACUGUUGUCCAGUAGUGUGUGAGCCUGAGGUGCAGGAGGUGUUAAUUCCUGCCUUCCCAGAGAGGGUGAGUGUGCAGCGAGGCUACAUCACCCCCCAGCAGGUAUAUAACCUGUUGAAUGCAGAGGCUGGACAUCCCGCUCUACAUGAUCCGAAUUACAUCCUCAUCCUGGACUGUCGCAGUGCAGAGAGGUACAAGCAGAGUCAUCUGGUUACAGCCAGGGCUAGUGUGACAGUGAUCCACCCAGAUCUGGGCUGUCUGAUCAGCUGUGUGCAGCUCCAGGAGUUCUCUAUCAUAUUGCUGUACGCUGAGGAGGGCCACAGCCCAGUGGGCAGUGUGGAGGCUAGGGCAGCCUCCCCGUUCCUCCAGCGCUGCUUCUUCCAGCUCAGUGACCUGGGCAUGGACCCUGUCAUCCUCCUAGGGGGCUUCGCCGCCUUCCACACCCUCUACCCCUUCCUCUGCACCUCCCGCAUGGCUCUUCUAGAGCCCGACAGGUACGCCCUCACCAUCUACCCCUCUGAGAUCCUGGAGGGGGAGCUCUACCAGGGCUCAGCUGCCCAGGCCUCUGACUACCACAUCCUUGAGAACCUUAACAUCACCCAUGUGGUCAACGCUACGGCUGAAUACCCUGAUGCAUUUCCCAGCACCCUCAGCUACCUUAGGCUGCGGCUGAGCGAUGACGCCCAGCAGGACUUGGUGGAGGCGCUGCCCCAGGCGGCGAGGUUCAUUGCUGGGGCCCUGAGCAGCGAGGUUGGGGGUAGGGUGCUGGUGCACUGCAGCAUGGGGCGGAGCCGUAGCUCGGCGCUAACGCUAGCCUUCCUAAUGCAGCACCAGCGGUGGACACUGCUGCACGCCAUCCGCUGGCUGAAGGAGAGGAGAGCAUGCACGGCGCCCAACGUGAACUUCCUGCUGCAGCUGUUGACCUACGAGGAGCAGCUGUUCGGACGAAGGCUUACCUCGCUGGACGACAUCCGCCUGUGA